AUGCUCCUGUAUCCACGCUCUCGGGGGGCCCACGGUACGUUAGAGCGUGAGCACGCGAAAUCGAAAGUCAGUACGCCUCAGCAUGUAGCUCAUGUGCUGUUUCACAAGCGCAUGGGCGCAAGGAAGCGCGCGCGCACCACCGCCUGCGCCCUUGUAGCGGUCCUUUUUUUAACAUUCCUCUUCGUCUAUCGGAGGGGGACUGGCGAACUUGCGGAGGGCCCGGCAGAGCGUGGCGAUGGGAUCAACAACCAACAACAUGGCGACUAUACGAAGGUGAUUCACCCGUCUACCACAUCAACGAGUAGCUCUGCUGUCACCAUCCCUGUGACGCCGUCCCCUUCUCCACCUCCCACCGAGACACCUGGUGGCACUGAUGUGCCGGUAGGGACCACGGGGACUCUACCUACUCCGCCCACUCCAUCUCCCACGACAGUCUACAAGAACAUUCUGGACUCACAGGAUCGGCGAACUGCGCGGCCAGUGCACGCUCCCGAUGACGUCACGAGGCAGUACGACGAAGGCGAGUACUUGCCAGAGGAGGCGCAACGGCUGCCUGGGCUGCAGAUCCAGCGGCGCACCUUCACCCCGGCGGAGCUGCUUGCACGCUUCGGCGACACGGACAUCGUGUACAGCUUCGUUAACGGCAGCGAGGUCAACCACCACUACCGAAAAGUCAUGUCGACGUUGUGCUCGCCAACACUGCGGCAGCUGGAAAACGAGACCUACUUGGGUGAUGGUCGCCUUCCUCCUGCAAUGCAGAGCAUGAUUGUGAACAACACUCCAACGUGCCUGCCGCACUACCUAAAGGCGGCGUACGAUAAGAUUCACUCGACACGCGACCUGGUCGCUAUGGCGGCGAGUAACACACGGCCGGGCAUUAGCGACCGCGAGACGGACGAGCUGCGGCACAGCCUGCGCAGCCUGGAGCAGCACGUGCGGUGGCACCGCGGCCGCGUGGUGGUGGUGUCGCCCGGGCACCACCCGACGUGGGUGGACGGCGCGAAGAACUUCCUUGCCGGGCUGUGCGGCGACGCGCGCGUGCAGGCGCUGCGGUCGAGCGGGACGCACCUGCGCGUGACGACGGUGCACCAGGACGCUGUGAUGCCGUACGGGAUGCGGCUGACGGUGGACUCGCACGUGAUCGAGCAGCACCUGUGGCGCGUGCGCAACAUGACGGCCGUGCACGUGUACAUGAACGACGACUACUUUGUGAACCGCGACGUCGCGAUCACGGACCUCUUCAACGAGUACGGCGGCACGAUCGUGCGGACGGAGAAAGGCAUCCUACGGAAGGGAGUUCUGGGUCCGCAGAAAGGUGGCACCUGGGGAGACGGAGUGCGCCACACUCACUUGUUUAACAUAAUGGAGCUGGACGUUCUGCACGAGGACUACCUGCCGGCGGAGCUUGAGCGGAAGUGGUCUGCUGAACGACUGCAGCGCGGAGCUUCCGGCGUUGAUGUCCCGGUGUCACCAAUGGCGCUGAACGAAAUCAUUGAUACUGCCUACGCGCAUGCUCCUGCGCCUCUGCCGGCAACUCUACUGCCGCGCCGCCAUCGCCGCUACGCCACCCACGCGCCGUUCGUGUACUGCACGAACAUGCACCGGUUCCUGCAGACGCGGUAUGGGGUCGAGCUUGGAUACAACGCGCUCCACCACCGAGCUCGAAACGCUCAGGAUUUGUUUGUCCCAUUUCUGUACAACGCCUUCAUCAUGGCGCGGCCAUGGCAGGCGUCGCCGAGGUUCCUGCCGUACCUGCUGGAGCUGCACCGGAGCCGACGGGAGGCGCGCACGGACGCGAUGCCGCCGACGCAGAUCGUGCUGGACAACUUCGACGGCUGCGGCCCGGCAUCGCUGCGCGGUGGCUCUGUGGCCUCCGAGUGCAUAUUUGGCAAGUUUGUGGAUAACGUCACUGCGAAUGAGGCAGUGAUGGAGCGCGUGCGGCAGACUAACCCGCUGUACUUCAACAUCAACGCCGGGUUCAGCACGGCGGAGGCCGCGGCCCAGCUGCGCAGCUUCCUGCACGGCAAGUUUCCGACCCCUGUCUACCUGGAGGUGGGUGGAGCCCCGACCGCGGGCGAGGACGUCGCGUACGGCGCGGAGGAGGGAGCGCUGUCGAGGCUGUUUGGCGACCUGAUGGCGCUGCCGGUGGUGUGUGUGGUGUCGUACGAGGAGGGCGUGUGCCCGCUUGUGCGGAGCCUUGCGCUUGCGUUCGCGGGGCACCACCGCGGCGGCGUGCGGGUGAGCGUGGAGCAGCACGGCGGCGCGACGCUGCGUGAGACGCGUGCGGCGCUUGGGCACGGCGUGGUGAGCGCGAUGCCCGCGCCUGCGUGCACGUACGGCGAGCGUGUGCGCGUGGGGCCCGCGACGGGUGGUGAGGACAUAUCGGACAUUGCGCGGCGUGCCCUGGACGCGAUGAGCGGCGGCGUGGAGCUGCCGGCGACGUGCGGCGGCGGCGGCGCUGGGCUGCGUGUGCGCGGGUUCGUGGUGGACGCGCGGACGCGUGGGGUGCCUGUGCGGAGCGCUGCUGCGCUGCGCGAUGCGCUCGCGGCGCCUGCGCAGACGCUGUCGCUGGAGGACUUCCGCGCCGUUGCUGUUGGGCCGUCGGAGCGCGACGUGGUGCUUGUGGUGUCGCGCGAGGACGCGGACGCGAAGGCGGUGCACUGGGUGAACGGCGCGUCUGAGAGUGACCUGCUCGUGACGUACCCGCUACCUGUGGAGGCGUACGAGGACAUGGGCGCGGGGGUGCGGUGGUCAGCCCCGUAG